CCAAGCGCGGGCAGCGCGGCUCGGACGGACUCUUCGUAGUGUGUGCUCUCCUUUCCUUUAGUGAGGACGUGAAGCGCCGGCAUGGCCUGGGAUCCCAUCCAGCGGGGCGGGCUGGCCGGGGUGCCCGCACACCUCUUUGACAAGGCGUUGGAGACAGCGACCAAGAUGAUUUUAAAGCGGUUUCGCUCGGAGGACGACGAAACGGAUGUGGAGAAUGGGACAAAGAGAGUCAGAGUGGAUGACACAGUCCUACUAGCUCCUCCCCGUCUCCGCCGGUCUAGUUUUGAUGAGGAUGGCCUUGCAGACUAUGGCAGCCCUUAUGAACGGACUAAAAUUUUCCUAAAGACUGCCUCACCCACAGACUCGGAAGGUGAAAAGGAGGAUGAAGACGAGUCCAAAAAGGAAGAAGAUUUAGCAUUGGCUCCCCAUGACUAUAUUGUACAAAACUCCCCAGAGAAUGUGCGAUUUAGCAUUGAGCAAAAGUUCUUGGUGGAGAUGCCAAAGGAAUUCUUUGACUUCUGGGAAUGCUGUUCAUGCAUCAACAACGAAAACCCAGAAGAGGCACUGCAGCAGGCUGGCUUGACACUUGUUGGACCAUAUGAUAUUCUCACAGGAAAACUGAAGGAGCUAAAUGAUAAGAGAGUGUCUAACUACAUCUGUCACUGGCGGUACUACUAUGAUCCACCAGAGUUCAUGACUGUGAUUGCCGGAGACGAGAAUGAAUACCACAUUGGCUAUUACCGUGAUGACCCUUACACCAUGCCUGAUUUUGUGGCCUCAAUGUCCUCAGUUAAAAUAGGUCACAUCAAGGCCCUGGGAGGGAAUAUAUUUGCAGGAGUUUGUUCUUACCUGUCUGAAAAGAUGAAGACAGAAGAUCCCUUUAAGAAGACUCCCCUGAUGAGACUCUAUAAGGAGGUGGAAGCAUAUGCCAAAGAUAAGGGUUACUCCUUGCUGGCGGUCACUCCCGACAUGAAGGAGCGGAACAAAGCUGUGGUGGCCAAGACCUUCCACGGGGCUGGCAUUGUGGUGCCUGUGCAGAAUGAUGUGGGCUACAGAGAGCUUCCAGAAACUUAUGCAAACCUGAGAAAGAUUAUGAAAAAAGUGGCAGAGUCUAAAACUGAAGAGGAAGAGAUGAAAAAUUUUGAGCCCCUUCAAGAGAUAAUAACCAAUGUCCAGUUUGGCUACGAUGAAGGAGACUACGGAAUGGGACUUGAGCUUGGAAUCAACCUCUUUAUUUAUGGUGGGGAAGUGUUCCAUAAGGUCAUUCUCCACUUGCUGUGUGUUGGCUAUGACCUGCUGGCCAGGGAAUCCUACAUCACCAUCCUGCAGGCACACCUCAGGAACAGGCGGCGGGGCAGCAAGCUGAGCAUCCUGGACACUAGCACCUAAGCCAGGGGUGUCAAACUCAUGGCCCGCGGGCCAAAUGUGGCUUGCGGAAUGGUCUUAGUGGCCCGCGAGGUGACGGGAUUCUUCAGCCUGAGUUGCCAUAAUUGUUACAGUUGAAGAAAAUACUAAACUGUUAAGACAAGACAUAAUAACAUUUACCUUUUAUUCAUAUGACUGAUUUAUUUCAUAUUCAAACUUCAGUCUUGCCAAUGUGUAAUUAUCAAGUCUCUGAUGGCCUUCGAGAUCAUAACCAAGUGCAUAAUUUGAGUUUGACACCUCUGACCUAAACCUUUGUCCCCAUGGGAGAGAAACUGUGCCUUAUUUGGCUGUCCCUUAAGGCAUGAACUAGAAUAGACAUUAAGUUCCUAUGAUUAUUAUUUAUGCUUCAACCAUUGUUCACCCUAUUACCUGGUAACAAAGUGGGUAGUGAGUAAAUAAAGUCUAAAUAUUAUUGAGAAGGGGAAACAUUCCUUAGCUUCAGCUCCUUGUGGUGCAGGAGCUGUACCCAGUAGGCCUUGUCCACACCAGCUGUGUGAUGUGUUGCUCAGCUAGAUGCCAAGGCAACACUCAUAGUGCUGCUAACCCUCAAAGACUUCUCCCCCUACACUGUCACUGAAAUUACCUUACCUUUCCCUCAAUUACCCUACAGCUCAGGGUAAAAAUAUACCUUUUUUUGGAGUAGUGUGUGUGGUUUCUUUUGUUUAUUUAAAGAAGUGAUAAUUUUUGUUGACAGUUUAUGUCUGGCUGAAAAAUAGGUAUGAUUUGUACCAGGAAUUUAUAAUUACCUUAUUUUGCUCUGAUUUUGUGAAAUUCCCCAACUGCUCCACAAACUAAGGAGUGAGGCUGACCGGCCCUUGGUUUGCAACACUGCACAAGCCAAGUAAUCCCGGUGAGUUGCACAACACAUCGCACAGCUUGAUUUAUUUAUUUAUUUAUUUAUUUUUUUAUAUACAUCUGCCCUAUAGCGCUGGUAGGCUAUUGCAUUGGGACCUGAUGGUCGGCCUGAGCCUGUCAUGGCACAGGCCAUUGUUCAUAGUGGCGCCAUUAUUAUUGGCUCAUACUGCCCCCCGGAGCUUAUCCUUGAUUUCACUUGCACUGCACAGCUUCUUCUAGAGUCCGGGUUGAUGGGUGGUCUUCAGGACAGCAUGUGGGUAGUCUUAGGCCACUCGGCGGUGACUGAAAAAUCCCAGGUGGUUAGCAGCGGAUUCAAACCCCCAUCAUCGACAGAGCGGCGGAAUGCGGGGCCGGCACGCUAACCACUCAGCCACCGCCUCACGGGACAGGCCUUCAGUCACCUCCUGCAACAUGGGGAUAGCUUUAAGUCAGUAGAGUCAGGAGCCUUCGUUAUAGCUGCAAAUGGCCUUAGUGAUUAUCUCUGUCGCAUUAGCUCUUAAUCCUGUGGUGGGCAUGAACCCAUAACUCCGGUACACAUGUUUAGAGACUAAUUUUUAUGUCUCGGUAACAUCAUUUUUUUCCUUUAUUAUUGAAUAAGUAUUUCCAUGCGUUAUAACCACUUGAAUAAGUAUUUCCAUGCGUUAUAACCACUUAAGGUUAGAUAUAAGGUAAAGUUUCAAAACAUGUUUAAUGUUGCACACUUGGGUAUGCAACUUUCUAUUUAUAGUUCUUUGGUUUGUGUUAGCUUUUUCAGUUCAUCAGUUAUUUUAUUUACACGGUAUUGUGAGCAGUAACUAUUCUAAAUACUAAAAUACUACAUUGCACAAUACAUUUUAAUGUAUCUUCUUUACCUUAUUGCAUAUCUGUAAAUUGGAGCCAUCCAUUGACACCACUGUCCAGUUCUCUGUGAAGUCAAGGUCACUGGCAAGGUGCACCAUUGACAAUAAAGGAAUAGUUGGUA